AUGAAAAAAUACGGAGUCAUCCUUUUAUCACCUUUUCUUAUCAGCUUAUGACUCUCAAUAUACUAUCUUCCUCAAGACAAAAUAACAAGAUAUCAUGGGUCCUCCUCCCUCACAGAAAUCCCUCUAGAAUCCAAAUCUAAUCCCUACGGAUUUUCACUAAACUAUAUUGAUAUUUAUACAGGAAGAUCCAAAACAUCUCAAUAUCCACCUUUUCUCUUUAUUCACGGACACAAAGGAAAUGCCACUCAAGCUAUAGAAAUGGCUCAAUAUUUUGGAUUCCAUGACCUGGAUCUUGAUUUUUAUUCAAUUGACUUUAAAGGAGGCGCAGUUGCCUUUUCACACAAUCUUAUGAACGCUGAGGCUCAAUUCGUCGUUGACUGUUUAAAUGAGCUCUCAAUUAUGUACGAAAAGAAAAUCACAAUAAUUGCUCACUCUAUGGGCGGAAUAGUAACAUCUUUAGCUUUGUCGCUACCAAAUGCCCCAGUUGGAAGAAUUUCUACAAUAAUUGCUUUGAGCACGCCUUUUGAAGCACAUCCAACCAAUUUUUAUUUACUCCUCCCUUUAAAUUGGAGCAAAAAAUACUGUUUCAGUUUAAAGGGAGUUUAGUUUUAUAAGGAUUAAUUCAAAAAAUUAAUCGAUUCAGGUAAAAUUGUUUAAAAAAAUAUUCUACAUGAACUUUUUCAGUUAAAUUAGGUCAAAAUUAUUCCUAUUGCAAUUUAAAGGACCAAAAAAAUAGAAAUUUUACCUAUGUUUUAUUCCAAUUUAAGGGGCUGUUAGCUUUUCCUGCAGCCUAUGCAAAGGUACAUAAUUUUUGGCUUGACCCAAAGCAUGAAGAGAUUUUUAUCCUUUCUGCGACUGGAGGUGUAAAAGAUUGAAUGAUUCCUUCUAGGCUUACAAAUAUAGAAGAAUUAAAUGAUAAGAAUUCGCUUCAUGCUUACACGACUCAGAUUGAAGACCUUCAUUUACAAAUGAAUCAUAAUGAGCUAGUUUAUGGGUCUAAAUUUUUAGGAAAAUUGAAUCAGGCAAUUAAAGCAAUAUUAGAUAGUGAGCCAAGUGAAAUAAAAGAAAACGUCAAUAAGAUAUGGCAAAAUAAAGUUAAUAAGCUGCUGAACUAUAUAGGACCAAAAACAAAAAUAGAAAAAGUUAUAGAAAUUGGCUCCAUAUCAAAUGACUGUAGAUUUUGAUAGUUUGACAUCUCAUAGGGGAAAAUUUGUUCGAUCCUUUUUGAUAGUAAGACAUUUGACCGGAAAAACCUUUAAAUUUCGGCUAAAUGUGUACACUAUUUAAAAAUUUUCGACAAAGGUACUUCGGUGGAAUGCACACUAUCAAAAAGGCACUAUCAUUGGACCUGCAUCCAUAGAAAUUAUAAAGGUUCCUGAUUUAAAGGAAAAGGUCACAAGGGUGAUUUCAGGGAAGAUUUAUUCAUUGAUUGAUGAUAACACAGAAGGAAUUUUUUUAAUAAGAAGCUCUGAAGAGGUUGAUCUAUUUAUUGAUUUUGAUGGAAUUUACCAAUUAGAAGCUGAAGCUUUUAAACUGAAUAAUCAAUACUAUUACAAAAUAAAUAGCCCUCCAGACUCCACGUCAAUGAUCCAAUCAAGAGAAAAUGCAUGGAUUUCCUAUGAGUUUUACAGCAAGAAUCCAGAAGAACUGAGCUUUUCUGAGGCCUUCCUAUUUGGAAUUGACUACAAAAUAAAAGGCUCAGACUCUGUAGCUACUCACAUUACCCCAGGUCUUGAUUUUUCUCAAGGGAGAUAUCCAAUAAGGAUCAAAAGUAAAAAUGAUGAAAAAUUCUCAGUUAUUUAUGGUAAAUGCGGAAUUGAAGAAAUUGUGAAAUACAACGAAAACGAUUUUACCUUCUAUUUUAAUGAAUAUUGUGCUGAUGGGCCUGAUAUCUGAAUUCUUGGCUAUGAUCCUGAAAAAGUUUAUGAAUUCGAAAUUAGCAUUGAUUUUAUAGGAAUGUUUAUCAUGCUUUCGAAAGAGUUCCGACUGACUGUUGUUAGUAUGGCUGCUAGUAUUGGCAUUAUAUUAACAUUUCCCUCAAAAUUAAGAUGGAUUCUUCUAGCAAGUAUUGCAGGAUUAUUGUAUUUGGCUAGCUGCACUUUAAGAGUUUAUGGAUUUUUAGGGUGGGAUCACGUGCACAAUCCACAUCAGCAUUUAGGAAUAAUUGAUGUUGCUUUCAUUAUGGCAACUGGAUAUGGAAUAGCAAUAAUUAUGGCAUUCAACUAUGUCACUUUAAUUGAUUUUUCUUAUUUUGUCUGCAAAAAAGUGCCUCAGAAACAUCUCUUAAAGUCCUAUUAUCUUGCAGUACUCAUCCUUAUUUUCCCUUGAAUUACAGUUUUAAUCUUGACAGUUAUAUGUUUUGCUUUAAAUAAAUCAAAGUCUGUAACUAACUAUCCCACUCAGUGAGUGAACAAAAAUAUUGGUAAAAUACCUUUUUUUUGCUAAAAGCCCACCCUCCGUGAGCAAACAAAAAUUUUUUUGAUAUAAAAAUUUUGAUAAAAUAAUGAUAAUUAUAUAUAAUGAAAUAUUUAGCUAAUUCUGCUUAAUUUUGAACAAAUUGCAUUUUUAAAUAUAAAUUUUACAAAUUAAAAAAAUAUUUGCUUUCCAAUUUUUAUGAAUAUAUUUUUUUUUUUAUCUUUUAUAAAAUUUAUAUAUAAUAUUUUUUUAAAAAAAAAAUAAAUCCUCUGUGAGUGAACAAAAUGUUUUUGUUCACUCACGGAGGGGGAAUAAAGGAAUUCUUUUCCCAAGCUUCUUAUUAUUAUUCCUUACUAUUUCUCAGCAAAUCAGCUGAUACCUAAACCUUGUGACUUUUUCUUACGUAGAAAUUUUAAACCUAUAUGAUGGAUUCAAUAUCCUUUGCUAUUUAUCUCUACUUUUUGCUAUAACUUACACAAAUAAAACAAUUAAGCCACAUAAGGCAGACGUUUUAAUAGCGUUUUAUAUGGCGUGCUGUGGACAAGAUCUAUUAUACAGAACAAACUUCUCCUUAAGUCUGCACUGUUUAGGACUUGGCUUAAGAAUUUACCUGUCGAAGACAAAAGAAAGAGAGGAAGAUUAA